ACUGCAGCCUCAAAAGGAUAGUGCUUCUACCUGUGAUAAUUUUGCUAUUUAUAAACUGUUUUUUCAGUAUUUCUUUACUGGGUUUACUUUAGUUCAACGUGGUUUGCAUUAAAGCCCCACUGAAAAUCUCUCGGCUGGAACUUUCUUACACAGUCACACAAGAAGAGAUUUUUCUGAAACAAAAAUCUUUUUGAACUGAUUGAUUUUAGAUAACUUAAUCUACUUAUUGGCGAAUCAGGUUUGCGAAAGAACGCAUCUCCACUUUCCUUUCUGGCCUCCAACUUCACGCUUCCAUUCUUUUAACCCCCUUAAAUUUGGGUGUGUACUGAGGUUACAACUUACUGAAUUAAAGUACAUACAUACAUGUAUUCGACUAAUUCGGAUUCGGCGCCGAGAAAGCUGUCCCGGGAAUUUGAUGAUAAUUCAUCAACUUUCAACUUUGAGGGUUUUACAAAGCCCAAGCCUGUCCCCAAGGGAGAUGUACCUUAUACCCCGUAUACCCCAUAUAAUGCGUAUGUGCCUCCAAAUGGACCAAGAUCACAAUAUCCACAUCAGCCACCAUCUCCACUUACUUAUGGCCGUGAGUCUAUGGGACCUGAACCGUUACCAUAUCCUUCGUUUAACAUAAGUAGGAGCAGUUCCAAAAGAGCAAGUCCUGCCACAAUUGUUGCUGAUUCAUAUUACCCUCCCACGGGGAAAAAUUAUCCUCUUCAAGACUCCUAUGAGUUGGACAACUUUUAUACCAAUACAGACAGACCCCUUCCAUCCAGACCACUCCCUGAAACCCCUGCACCUCAAACCCCUGCAAAGGGCGAAGCGAUUAUAAAUUCAAAUCCUAUGAACCCCUUUGAAUCAGACAUGGACGACAUUCCAUACCGAAGUAGCGAUCGACCUGAUCCAUUCUCAGAUUUAAACCAUGCUCUGAACGAUGGAGAUGUAAAUUUCCCCAAGGAUGGAUUUAGAGAGAAUUCUUCUGAAUUCAAUAGGCAACGAGACAAUGAGCGUCAAAGAAGAAAACUUAUUACUAGACGGCCACGGUUCCAUUAUACGAAAUGGCCAUAUUUUACCAUGAUUGUGACCAUCAUUCAAGUUUGUGUGUUCAUUGCUGAGCUAGCUAAGAUGGGUAUUCUUACUGGUUCUCCUUUUCAAACACAACCAUAUUUCAAUCCAAUGUUGGGACCUUCCACUUACGUUCUAAUCAAUAUGGGUGCACGUUAUGUUCCAUGCAUGCAACAGUAUAUUGGGAUUACUGAUGAUGCCACUAUUCAAUUCCCAUGUGCCAACUCGACUACUGCGGAUACAAAUGUUUGUUCAUUACCUCAAUUAUGUGGGAUGUCAAGUAUCCCACAAGAGGGGAAUAUCUAUUUACCUCAUCAAUGGUACAGAAUAAUAACUCCAAUAUUUCUACACGCGGGCUUUCUUCAUAUAUUGUUCAACUUGCUUUUACAAGUCACCAUGGGGGCAAGUAUAGAACGUAGCAUCGGAGUGUUGAAGUAUGCAAUUAUAUAUAUGUCCAGUGGAAUUGCAGGGUUUUUACUUGGUGCCAAUUACACACCCGCGGGCAUUGCAUCAACAGGUGCAUCUGGAUCACUUUUUGGUAUAGUAGCUACAAAUAUUGUGAUGUUUAUGUAUUGCGGGAAGAAAAACACUAAUAUGUAUGGAACUAAAAGAUAUGGACUAUUCAUUCUCAUUAUGUGUGCUGAAAUUGUGGUAUCAUUGGUUCUUGGACUCUUACCAGGCAUGGACAAUUUUAGUCACAUUGGAGGGUUUGCCAUGGGGGUGCUCAUGGCCCUUAUCCUACUUCCAGAUCCAUGUAUUACCUAUAUCGAUAGUAUUAUCGUCUAUGACGGUUCAGCAUCUACGUGGCAACAAUUUCUCGAUAAUUGGAAUCCAAAGCAUAAUUGGAAUGAGAAAAUUCAUUCCAGAGUAUAUAUGUGGUUUGCAGUAAGAAUUGCAGCACUUGCAUUGGCAGGUGCAUUCUUGGGUACUCUCAUCAAGAACUUUUUCCGCUCAACGCCAUCUGAUAAUAGUAGUAAUUGCAAAUGGUGCAAAUACAUUAACUGUAUUCCGGUAAAUGGUUGGUGUGAUAUAGGAAAUGUUCUGGUCUCAACUACUACAUCCCCGUCAACGUCGACGGCCUCUAAUGAAAGUACGCCAACCUCACAAAACGUUGUGCCUGUUACUGUCACAACAACAAAAACACCAUCAUCCACACCAACAGCUCCGAAUAAUGUAGGAAACUUCAGAAGACAACUAGAAAACAAUGUGUUUUUGCAUCAAGAUAUAGACGCUUCACCUUUAAAUAAUAGUUCCACAGUAAAAAUCAUGGAAUCUGACAAUUUAUUAGCCAGUCAAAAUGUUGGAGCAGGUUUCUUCUUAGUGAUUGGACUUCUCACUGUACAGUUUUUCAGGCAUAAGAAAUGGAUAUAAGUAAGAAUUCAAAAAAUAUAGCAUUAUACAAACUUCAUACCCUUAUUAUAUAUAAAUGUAGUUAGC